AAAAUAUUAUUUUAUCAGUAAAAAAUAGAAAAAAAAUUAAAAGGACGUUAUUUUGAGAUUUCAAAUCAUUCGAACUGUUGAUAUUUCACUUAGGUAGCGGAGUUGAAAAGGAACGAAGCCAAGCCAUGCUUGAGGAGGAGCCCAGAAAUAGUUGCUAUAUUUCCAAAUUUUGAUUUAAUUUGACAGAGCGAGCGACGAUUCUCUAAUUUGGAUCAGGUUUUGUGUUCUUUCUUCUCUCUCUCAAAUUAAUGGCGAUUUCUGAGGAAUUUUCCGUCAAUUCUAAGAUUUCCCCACCAAAUUCGUUUGGGUCCGUCGUUCUCGGAGGCACCUUCGACCGAUUGCACGACGGUCACCGUCUUUUCCUCAAGGCAGCAGCAGAAUUGGGUCGGGAUCGCAUUGUUGUUGGAAUUUGUGAUGGACCUAUGUUGACCAACAAACAGCAUUCUGAUCUAAUACAGCCAAUUGAAAGAAGAAUGCAAAAUGUACAAGAUUUCAUUAAGUCUAUCAAGACAGAGUUGCUAGUGCAAGUUGAGCCUAUCACUGACCCUUAUGGUCCUUCAAUUGUUGAAGAGAAUUUGGAGGCCAUCGUUGUCAGCAAGGAGACAUUACCGGGUGCGCUGUCAGUAAAUAAGAAGAGAGGCGAGAGAGGCCUUUCACAACUAAAGAUUGAAGUUGUAGAUCUAGUUUCUGAAGAGUCUACAGGGGAUAAGCUAAGCUCCACUACAUUGAGGAGGCUUGAGGCUGAAAAGGUCCGGAAACUUCAGUCCCUCAACAUUGAUUCAAAGAAAAUUCAAUCUAGAGAAUUUCCCUCCAUAGAAAUUCUGGGGAUUUCUCUGGAUUCUCUGUCUUUUGAUCAAUUUUCUCUGGUGGGUUCCAGAAAUUUUGUUGCCAAGAUGAAUGAUCUCAUGACAAAGUCUUUUCUAAGUUAUGUGGAAUUGAAGAAACAAUCUCAGAUGGACCUCGAAUCUGAGACAGACAUAGAGAAAGGCCAACUCAGCCCCACAGACGAAGCCAACCUGUCUCUGUUCUUCCAAGAAGUCGAUGCCAUCAAGUCCGAAAUGGAAGAGAUCACUAAUCUCCUCUUUGAUCUUCAAACCCUAAAUGAAGAGACCAAGUUCACUCACAGUACCAAGGUCCUUCGUGGGUUACGAGACCGGAUGGACUCGGACAUGGUUGCUGUGCUUCACAAGGCCAAAAUUGUCAAGGCGAGGCUAGAAGUGCUCGACAAAUCGAACACGGAUAAUCGCAAAUUAUCCGUGGCAUUCAGAGAAGGAAGUACAGUUGAUCGGACAAGGAUUUCAAUCACAAGCGGUUUGAGAAUCAAGCUCAGGGACAUGAUGAAUCGUUUUCAGUCAUUGAGAGACAGAGUACUAUCCAAUCACAAAGAGUAUCUGAGAAGGAGAUACUAUAACGCAACUGGUGAAGUGCCGAGCGAGGAAGUGAUUGAAAAGAUGGUUUCGGGAAGUGGGAAAGUUGAGAUAUUUGAAGAGAGGACAGAAGUGAAUUUGGAGAACAGAGAGAGGCAUGAGGCUAUGAUGGACAUACAGAGGAGUUUGAAUAAUCUUCGUCAGGUGUUUCUCGAUAUGGCUGUUCUGGUGGAGGCUCAAGGUGAAAAGAUUGAUGACAUCGAGCACAAUGUGGGUACUGCAAAAAGCUUUGUCCGUGGCGGAACGAACAGUCUUUUCUAUGCCAAACAGAUGAAGAAGGGGGGCAAGAAAUGGGUGUAUUGGGUUUGGGCUGUGGGGCUGAUCAUAUUGCUGGUAUGCUUCAUUGCAAUGUUAUCAACCUGAAAUGAAUCAUAGGAAACAGGAUAGUUUAGAUUCAC